AUGUUAAAACUUCGUACUCUGCGGUGUGUAAUACGCCCGAUAUCUGGACAAGCUGGAUCGAGAGUGAAGGUCCAAAAAAGGAAAACAAGAGACAGAAGCUGGCCGUUACAUGCUGAACCUGCUGCACCUGACAAACGAUUUUGUAAUCACUGAGAGCUCGGAGAGCUGGGGCCGCCAAGGGUUGGAGCUUGACGCGUGGAUGCCCUCGUGAAGUCACGUCUCCCGGGCAGGACACUCGUUCACCGCCGCAACAUGCCCCUGCUCUUCCAGUAUUAAAACCUCUGGAACAGGAAUUUAGCGCACGCGAGCGAGGGAUCAAAGCAUCCUGCAACAAGCGCCAUUUCACUUUCGUGAUCUGCACUCCUCGCCUCUUCACCUCCCUCUCUCCCACUAGACUGAGAUCGAGGUCGAGACUGAAACCGAAACCAUGAAGGUUCUCUGUGUCGCAGAGAAACCGUCCAUCUCCAAGGCCGUGGCUGGCCACUUGGCUGGACGAAACCCCGAAGUUCACAACACGCGCUCUCAGUAUAUCAAGAACUACGGCUUCGACUUCGACUUUGGCGCGCCAUGGGGCCCCUGCAGCGUCACCAUGACCGCCGUCGUCGGCCAUCUCACGGGGCUCGACUUCACCCCGGAGAACAAGAACUGGUCGCACCCACCUCCCGAGAGUCUGUUCACCGCGCCAGUCGUGACCUUCGUGCCCCAGGACAAGAAGACUGUGGCCGAGAACAUUGAGCGCCAGGCCCGAUACUGCCAGCUCCUUAUCAUCUGGACGGAUUGCGAUCGAGAGGGAGAACACAUCGGGAAAGAAAUCGUCAAUGCCGCCAGGAAGGGCAACAGUAGGAUCGCCGUCAAGCGCGCCACCUUCAGCAACAUCGAGCGAGCACACAUACUCACCGCUGCGCGACGCCUGACAGACCUGGACCAGAAGCAGGUCGAUGCCGUGGAUGCGAGGAUAGAGUUGGAUCUCCGAAUCGGCUACGCUUUCACCCGCUUCCUGACCAACAGCCUUCGGCCCCUUGGAGGGCCUCUGCAGGAACGGACAAUCAGCUAUGGCUCGUGCCAGUUCCCAACCCUGGGCUUCGUUGUCGACCGGUACUUUCGCGUCCAAAACUUCGUGCCGGAGCAGUUCUGGAGCAUCAAGGUCAUGCACUCUCGCGAAGGCAAAAAAGUCAACUUCAACUGGUCGCGGAACCGACUGUUCGACCGCAUGUCGGUCAUCAUCCUCUACGAGCGAUGCAUCAGGGCCAACAAGGCCACCGUGACAAAAGUCCAAGAGAAGCCGACGAGGAAAUGGAAACCCCUGCCCCUGACCACCGUCGAGCUCCAGAAAGCGGCCACUCGCCUCUUGCGCAUGAGCGGUCAGCAGGCAAUGACGGUCGCGGAAGGCCUCUACAACAAGGGGUUCAUCAGCUAUCCCAGAACCGAGACGGACCGCUUCGACAAGGGCAUCGAUCUGAAGGCGCUGGUCAGGAAACAAACGCCCGACAACCGAUGGGGAGAGUACGCGCAAGGGCUCCUGGACGGCAACUUUCAACAACCGCGCGAGGGUAAACACGACGACAAGGCCCACCCGCCCAUCCACCCCGUCACGUACGCGGCACCGACGGUGCUCAACGCGGACGAGAGGCAGCUCUACGAGUACGUCGUGCGUCGGUUCCUGGCGUGCUGCUCGGAGGACGCCAAGGGCCUCGCGACGGACGUGGAGAUACUCUACGGAGAGGAAACCUUCCACGCUCGCGGACUGGUCGUCCUGGAGCGUAACUACCUCGACGUGUUUGUCUACGAGAAAUGGAACGACUCGGCGCAGCUCCCGCAGUUCGCGCCGGGCGAGACCUUCCAGCCGACGGAAGCGAUGAUGACGGACGGCAAAACAAGCCCGCCGGGAUACCUCACGGAAGCCGAUCUCAUCGCCCUCAUGGACGCCAACGGCAUCGGCACGGACGCGACGAUGGCAGAGCACAUCCAAAAGAUUCAAGACAGGGAAUACGUCCAGCUGGCGGACGGGGGCCAGGACGACGAUGACGACGACGACGGCCAGGAUAGGCCGCCGUCACCGCCGGCGAGAGGUGGGCGAGGUGGCCGCGGCAGUCGCGGCGGACGGGGAGGGGCUAGAGGGGGCCGCGGCGCGUCGUCGGCGUCCGGGCGGCGAGGACUUAAGGUCUUCAUCCCGACGCAGCUCGGCGUGGCUCUCAUCACGGGAUUCGAUCGCAUGGAGUUCGAGACGAGUCUGGGCAAGCCCUUCCUGCGCAAAGAGAUGGAGAACAAGAUGAAGGCGAUAUGCGACGGGCGCAUGACCAAGGACGCCGUCCUGCGGGAGAGUCUCGGCCAGUACCGGCAGGUAUUCCGGGACUCGCAGGAGCGGCUCAACGUCCUCAAGGCGGCGUGUCGCGAAUUCAUGUCGAUUCGCGCGUGAGCCUCGAUGGCGACGCGAGAUAAGGGCUCACAGCCCUGGGUGGUUUGCAAGACGUCCAGGUGUCGAGAUGAAGUUGGGAUGAUCCCGUAUCGACGACGACAUCGUUGUCGCGCGGCAGCAGGCCCCCCCAUAGUGCCCAUGGUGGUCCAUACGCGACCAGGACCACGGGGCGGGACUUUCUUAUCGAUCGUGUCCACUGGAAUCCAAACGUGGGUGUGACGACGGGCGCGUUGGAAGUGCCCGCUCACACCCCCCUCAAGUACUCGCAGUAGUUCCGAGGACCGGCGCCGUUGAUCGGCUCCAGCUGCGCGACAUGGUUUCCUUGGGGGGGUUCGAAAAUCCAAGGCGGAAGGAAGUUUUUCGGUGCCAUCAACACGACGUCGGUCUUUU